AUGGAUGCUGAAGCUCUUAAAAAAAUACUAGGACCGAAAACCUUAAACCUGCUAAGUUACGUAGCAGUUAUCUUGUGGUUCGGACUCGCAGUAACCCUUUCUGGUGUCUUUGUGGACAUCGAACACAGGGAAUCCAGGUUUGACUUUCACUGCAGUGGGGCUCCAGAACGCAGCGACGACAUCGACAACAGCGAACUUUACCGGGGAAAGUGUUUUGAGCUAUACGAGAGGCGGUAUAACGAAUAUAGUGUCCCUAUCUAUGGCUUCGUGAUUGUACAUUGCUUCCUUGUGGGGUUUGUUUGUGCAGUUUACGCCCAGAUAGCGAGUCCUAUAGUCGAUCAGUUACAGAACAGCAAACAGUCACACGACGAUGAAGGGAGACAGUCACGCAACGACGAAAAAGAAAGAAUGGGACGCAAGCUUUUUCUUGCUUACUGUUAUCAACUUUCCAUAAGGCUUGUCAUAGGGGUAUUGUUUAUUAUCUUACAAACUCUGUUGCUCUAUCGUUUCGAAAUUCUCCCCAAAUUUCAUUGCUCAACAACAGGAGAAGAUGAUCAGCGCAGAAUUAUCCCACUCGAGCUCGAGUGUCACAAUCCACGGGCAAAGAAGAAGACCUUCUGGUUGCGUGCUCUUCUCGUAACGAAUGGAACUUACGUGCUUCUUAUUUUGAUUGAAAUGCUCUGCAUUUUUUUGCGAAGAAAAACGUUUCUUACUGACCACCUAAAUAUUCCCGACUCGCCCCAAGGCCGCUCACAGCAAAAGGGACAGAAAUGA